AUGUCCCAGCUUUCUGGACACAAUCCUCGAGAUUCUUUUGUAGCGUCGCCUAUCUCAACCGCGCCUCUGAACGAGCCCUUUGGCAAACCAGAAUUCACUUCUCAACCCCGUCACAACCACUCCGACUCAGCACCAUAUGAUACCCCACCGCCGAAUUACAUACACGAGCCUUCCACCCCCGUCCCUUCAUCUCCCGUCCGACCCGACCAUGACAGCUCACCCGUAGCAGACUCGCCCGCUUCUAUCACAUAUCGCACCCGCACGCGCACACGUAGUAGAAGUAAUUCAAGACCACUGUCUAUGGUGCAGUCCUACCAGCCGCCUCUCAUGGACAUCAACGAGGACACCAUCCCGGAGCUGCAGCCCAUCUUCACCUUCCUCAAUAGCCAUGCCAACAAAUUGUACCAAGAAGGCUAUUUCCUGAAGCUGGAUGACCAGAAUGCUCAGGGCCGUGCAAAUGCCGACCGAACCUGGACCGAAUGUUUUGCACAGCUUGUAGGCACAGUAUUGUCCCUAUGGGACGCCGCCGAGCUGGAUGCCGCUGGUGAGGGUGGAGAGGUUCUGCCCAAGUUUGUAAAUCUGACAGAUGCGUCGAUUAAAAUGAUAGAGUCAUUGCCAACGCGAUCCAACGAGGAGCAGUCUCUGCAGAACAUCCUAAGCAUCUCUACAGCUGGAAGAAACCGAUAUCUUCUGCAUUUCAACUCAAAACACUCGCUUAUUCAAUGGACGGCCGGUAUUAGACUCGCCAUGUUUGAGCAUUCAACCCUCCAAGAGGCCUACACAGGAGCCCUGAUUGCUGGAAAGGGGAAGACGCUAAACAGUAUUGGUGUAAUCAUGGAACGCUCACGUACCAAGGUCGAAGAGUGGGUAAGAGUGCGCUUUGGUGCAGGCGUGCCCUGGAGACGGUGUUGGUGUGUCAUCUCACCUCCAGAUGAUAAAGAGUACCAAAAACUACAGAAAGAUCUUCGGAAGAAGUCUCCGUAUGACCGCUCACAUCCGCCCAUCCUCAAGGGCGAUAUCAAGUUCUACGAUACUCGGAAGGAGGGAAAGAAGCAGAGGAAGGCAAAGCCCAUUGCCACCAUUACGGAUGCUUACUCGGCGUAUGCGCUGUACCCGCAGGCGAAGUCACUGAUCGACGCGUCCACCCUGAUCAAACUCGAAGGCAACAUCUUGAUUCACUCUGACCCGCCCUCUUCCACCGAAGGCUUCGUCUUCAUCAUGCCUGAAGUGCCUCCGGCUGUCACUGGCUUCGAGAUGAUGCUCAGAUACCUUUUUCCUACCUGGGACACGUUUGGGCUCUACGGUCGUCCUGGCAGACUGGUCGCAAGCACCAUCGACCCGCGUUCUCUGAUGUUUGCGAUGCCCAAGCACAAACGCUACGGCUAUCUUGAGAUAUUAGAUGUUACUAGCCUGAUCUUAUCCGACGACAAUGCAAGUUGGACUGAGAGGGAAUGGAGAAAACGCUUGAAGGACCUAACUGGCCAGCGUAUGACAGCCAUGGAUUUAGGUGCCGACAGCAUUACAAACAGAUCGAGGUCGAAUAGCCAAAACAAGCGGUUGAGCUUUGGACCGGCUGCUGGAGGUAUUGGAAAGCCUCGUGUUGGCUUUGCUGACGGUGGACCCGGCUCGGUGCGCUCGUCACGGUCUAUGUCUUUAACUCAACGUGCUCCGCCAAGGACGGAUUCAGCCCCACCUGAACAUCACAGGGAGCGUGCAGCCACCGUUGUGGCAGGCAGUAUGAAGUCAAGUCAUACUAGGAAUGCAUCCGAUUCGAACUUGGCAAGCGGCCCCCCCCCUCCGCUCCGCUACGACAGCCCUUUGGGUGAUGGCGCUGUGCCAGGGCGACCCAACCCAGCUCGUGCGUUUGUCAACGAUCUCGCAUCGACGCCAGAACGUAUGAGCUCAGAUGAGGAACGCGACCCGCCGCCAAUUCAAGACAUGGGCAGAAACCUUGAAACUCCAGAGCCUGUGUCUCAACCACCAGCAUUUUCUCACGCCCCGGGCCACAAACCCCAACAGCGACCGUAUCACUCUCCUGAGAUGCGCCGCGCUAACAGCAGGAUGUCCAGCACCACGCUCGCUCAGCUUGCUCAAGCUGGAGGCGUCGUGGAGGUUGGCCAGCAGAACGGAUGGGCCAAUGAGGGCAAAGGAAACAACGAAGAGCAAGGCCCGAGUCCAGUUCUCGAAUUGAAAACCGACCAACGUGGUCCCCCUUCGGUACAUGCUCACGCCACCAACAACAUUGGAGGGAUAACUGCUAAUACCGGCUCUGGUGAAGUUCUAAAGGACGACAACCCCCGCUCUCCUGGCUUGCCUCUUCCGCCGCUCAACACGCAACGUUCGAAAUCACCCCUCAACCAGCAGAAGGCUCCUGCGAGCCCCGCAGGUCCCUGGGGUCCAAGCCCAGGUCUAAGUCGAUCAGGGACCGAAGACGUGCGAAACCCAACCUUUGGCCCUGGAGCGGGUCCCGGGCCGAAUAGCAGACCCGGUACAGCAGGAGGGCAUCCGCUGAGCAAUAUGCCAGCGCCCCAACGAGGACUUUCCAAAGCGUCACCCCAAGGCAGACCACCGCCGACGGGCAACGUAGGCCCUCUACCGAGAGUCGGUCCUCCGACCAGUCCACCACCAGCAAACCCGUAUAAAGGGUACCAGCACGGACAGCCGGGUGCUGGUGGCCGCGGCCGGCCGACAACUCCUGGCGAUAAUGGCCCUCUUCACCAGCAUACCACCUCUCCGCCUAUCUAUAGAAAGCCCUUGCCGCUUCGAACCGAUAGCCUGCGAAGCCGUGAAGGUGUAGGAUUCGAUGACGUCCCCCCUCGAUCUCCAGCGCCAUCAAAUCAUAGCAAUGGCAGCUUCACACGCGCCCACGGAAUCGAUCCUAACGUGUUAGCCCAAGUACACACUCAAAACUCCAGUGGUAGAGGCACACCACAGCCACAGCAGGAGCAAGGAUAUGUUCGGGCCCAACGUGCAGAUACUAUGCGAAGUAACGCAAGCAGUAACUACCCGGAAUCGACCGACAGCCCAGAUUACGCUAGUACCAGGCCGUCGACAGAUACCGCUCGGUCGGUUGAAAGACCGAGAGCUGGCGUGCUGCGGACGGUGGGUGACGAGAGCCAAGGUCAGGUGAACAAAAAGCCCUCUUUUGACAUCCCGAGUGUCGAUUUUGGACCCACGUUUAACUACGGAGCAAACCAGUUAAAAGACAAGCCCCCUAUACCUGCUCUGUCUCCCAUGCGGUCAUUCUCACAAGGCCCUCGGUCCUUCUCCCCCAAACCACCACCUCCAAGCAAAUCUCCCCAGCCCCCGCCACCGCCACGUAAGUCGCCUGUGAUCAUGAAUCACAUCCGUUCAGAAUCCGAUGACAACACUGCGCGGAGGAGCGUUGUUUGGCAGCCAGGAACGGCCACUGGGUUAAGCAAUAGUCCAGGCCAAGCUAUCACGGCCGAGCAAUUCGUUCAACAGCGAGCCGCUGCCGCGGCCACACCACUCUAUGCACACCAGCGUCAAAGUUCAGGCAAUACGCUUGGCGGCUGGCGUUCUGCAACGCCGACGCCUCCUCUUGGGGUGCAUUCCCGUAGUAAUUCACAGGAUAUGCUUCAGCGGCCCGGCUCUCGAGGUGCGGCUGCGGUAUUGGACCCUAUCCAACGACCUAGUUCUCGAGGAGCAGGCGCGGUGCUUGGAGGUCAAGGUCAUGGCGGGGAUGCCAACUUGUCGGCUCGAGAGCAAGAGCACGUAGCACGAAUGACAGGCACACCGUUGAUCAGUAUGGCCGGCAACAAGAAUGCACCUCAGACCGGUAGUGGCCUUGUCGGAGCGAUCGCUGCUAGAGAACAGGAGAGGCAACAGAUGAAGCAGGGUUACAGUAGCCAGGCCGCGCAGUACGCCAUCAACCAGCGACAGCAGCAGCAGGCUUUUCAGAACUACCAGCAACAGCCCGUUGCACCCCCUCCUGCAGGAAUGUAUUCCAACCUGGCGGGACGUACUAUGGCGGGUGGCCCUCAGUCUCCAGGCAUCUUGAUGGGAGGUCAGCAAUCCCCCGGUCUGAUGAUGGGCGGCCAACAAAUACCCGGACCGCAUGGCUAUGGGGUUUCUCAGAACUUUAUCAACCCUGGUGCUCAAGCUUAUGCUCAAGGUGGUGGUUGGACUAGCCCGGGGGGUCCACACCACCACCGUUCACCUCAACAGGGAAACUUUAGCCCGGUAUUCAUGCCGCAACAAGGCCAAUUCACAUCCCAACUUGGAUCUGGCGCUCAAAGUCCGCGACCCGGACAGCAGCCACAAGGACGCGGUUACCCUUUUUACCACGGGCAAGCCUUCUAA